CGCACUCCGUUCUCCAUUCAGUCCAAACUCCGUUUUCUUUUCAUAAUUUUUUCCUUUAAUGUUAUCGAAUACUUUCUAGAUGUGUUGAAUCUCACCUUAUUAUUAUUGAAAACUUGAAUAUUUUAGCUUGGAUUCUUGGAUUCCAAAAUUUGUUAUUGAAAUUUUUCUAAAACAUUGUUUUGCUUGUCAAGUCCGCAAACCAGUUAAGCAGCAUGUGGUUUCCAAACCGAUAAUUUCAUUGGGUGUUAUGACCAGAUUGCAAAUUGAUUUGGUUGAUAUGAGAACACGCCCAGAUGUCGUUUCGAAUGAUGUUGUAUAUCAAUGGAUUUUGAAUUGUAUUGAUCAUUUUUCGAAAUUCAGUUGGGCGUAUCCAUUACAAAAUAAAUCGGCUGCUGAAGUGGCUAAAUGUUUGAGAGGAUUGUUUUAUGUUUUUGGACCUCCACGUUUGUUGCAUUCGGAUAAUGGUCGCGAGUUUGAUGCUGAUGUUGUUCAAGAAUUGAAAGCGUUGUUUCCAGAUAUGUGUUGUGUAAGAGGUAACGAAUUCGCUACAUUGGUCAGAAGGUCUUGCACCAGUCGUGGAAUUAAAACUAGAGUUGCAAGUGCAACAAAAUGUACAUCUCAUGAGGUGAUGUUUGGACAAAAGCCAAGAUGUGAUCAAGAAUUCUGGAAAAUUGUACAAGAAAACGAUAUUGUAGAUGAAGAACAAUUGCCAACACCGGUAGAUGGUUUUUCGGAUGAUAUAGUUUUGGAUGGUGGGCUUGUGGAUCCAGAUGGUACAACAAAUUCUACAAUUUUUAUUGAUACUGAAACUCCUCCUGAUGAUGCUAAUAUGCCUUCUUUUCCUGAUGUAUCAUCAACAUGA